AAGUCACGGAGCGGCCGGUGAUACUUUCAUCUCAGUCUCCGAUUGCGCUCCUUAUGCGCGACAUCUCAUGAUAGAGCACCAGCAGUUGACAUCGAAGAUGACCAACUCUUCACCCAGCCCGGUGGCGGCUAAUGACAGGUCACAAACAGCAUCGCCUAAUCUUGAACAGCCUCUUACCUCAGCCAACGAAGCUGCUACUCUAGAGGUCGAUGAUACAGCUAGCGUCAACGGAACGGACUCCAGUAUCAGUGAUCAAAUCUCGACCUACACAGCGUCUUUAACCUCCAGCGCGAUAGACUAUCCCACAGAAUACGGCCGACGCUAUCAUGCAUUUCGUGCGGGAGCAUACUUGGGACCGAAUGACGAGUUAGAGAUGGACCGACUCGACUUUCAUCACACCUACAUGGUGAAGAUCCUCGGCAGGAAGCUAUUCUUGGCUCCAAUUCCAUCCGAGACUACCCAUAGGAUUCUUGACAUUGGCACCGGCACUGGCAUUUGGGCUAUCGAGGCAGCAGACGUCUUUCCCAAUGCAGAGAUCUUAGGAAAUGAUCUGAGCGCAAUUCAACCAUCUUGGGUUCCGCCGAACGUCAAGUUCGAGAUUGACGACGUUGAAAGCUCCUGGAUAAACGAACAGAAAUUCGACUUCAUAUUUUGUCGAUACAUGGCCGGUUCUAUUAUCGAUUGGCCCAAGCUGAUGAAACAAAUCUACGCAAAUCUCAAGCCUGGAGGCUGGGUUGAGUUCCAAGACUACGACAUCAAUUAUGUCUCGGAGGAUGGAACACUGACUGAAGAGCACCAAACCGACCGGUGGAGUAAACUCUUGAUCGACGCCUGCAGGAAGAUUGGUCGUGAUCCCUGCAUCGGACCGUUGCUCGAAGGUUGGGUCAAGGACACGGGAUUCGUCGAUGUCGUCCAUCAGAAGUUCAAGAUGCCCAUCGGACCAUGGGCCAAAGAUCCUCACCACAAAGAAAUUGGCAUGAUGAACCUCAUUCAGCUAAUGGAUGGGCUGGAAGCAUUCAGUCUGAGGACCUUCUGUGGCGUCCAUGGAUGGACCAGAGAAGAAGUCUUGGUACUGCUGGCCGAGGUGCGCAGGGAGCUCAAGGCCGGGAGCUUCCAUGCCCAUACUGCGAUGUAAGUCUCCUUUCAAUUGUUUCGACUAGUCCUUAUUUAUGGGAGAGUAUACUGACGCAGUCUUUAAUAGCCACGUGGUUUAUGCACAAAAGCCUGAAGAAAAGGAGGAGGAGGAGGCCUCGUGAUCGAAGGGGAGUGGAUGGCAUAAAUAAUACAUGGGCGGGGCUGAUUGCUUCCCCGGGGUUUACUCGCACUCAAUUCUGUUCCAGCGCAUAAACUACAGUCGUUGAUUAAAGAAUAAUCAUGAUUGCGAAACUCAAUCUUGUGCCACAGUGUGGCUCGCAUGUCAUGCCUAG